AUUCUAGUUGCCUGGAUAUUAUAUGUUAUAUACUGCAAUAAGUGUACAUGCAUUUAAUAUCUAUGCAUAAAACAAAGCUAGCUUUAUUUUUAUAAAUAGGAUUGCUACUUUAAGGAAAAUGCUGGCAAUCAUAAGCACAAUUUAUUUUUGUAAGUAUUUUCCUUUUAAUAUGUCUACAAAAUUAUGAACAUAUCAUCUGUGGUGUGUUGAGUAGAUUCCAUUUAAGACGACGCAUUCUAUGUACAAGUUACUAAACACAUUCAAAGUAUGAUUUAUCUAAAAUCGGCUGCACCAAAAGUGAAAUGUGAACGUGAUGUAAACUAAAAUAUUGUUGACAUACAAGAUAAACACCUGGUAGAAAUAUAUUUAGCUUUAAAUAUGAGUGGGAUUGGGAAAGAAGAAAUUUAUCCAAAUCACUGUUUGUGUUGUCUCAACUUGUCUUCAAAUGUCGAUAUCACCACCAUCUCUUGGCGCUGGGAUGAAUUUACGUUUGUAACGAGACAGUCUUUCUCUUGGUAAUUUCAGAGAGAAUGCUUUCCAAACAAGCUUUCCAUAGUGGAAGAAGGGCUAUUAUUCAUAGUCAGCGACUGUGUGCAUUGAUUCAUAGUGAAAGUGGAAAUCUGCCUGAAAGACACGAGGAUAGAGGCGACCCAUUUGAAGAUUUAGCAAAUUGCAUAAAUACGACUGAAGUUAAUUUGGAAAGGAUUUCAAAGAAGGGAAAGGGAAUUGACUCGUAUGGGAAUGUAUCAAAGGAGAUUUCAGAUACUCGCGUGACAAUGACACUGAGUGAACAUAAUAAAGAACGAAAUUACAUGGAUGCAGAAAUAUUGAAAAAGAGCACUGAUGUGGAAAUCGGUCCAGGUUUGUCAGUGAACACUCAGCUUUUCAAUAGAUUUUUUCCAAGAACGUCAUUGAGCGAGGUAGUUAAAGCUGUGAACUCUGACCUUCAGUCUUGCACUCCUGAGACAUUAGCCGAAAUUGACGCCUAUCUGGAUGAAGUGGAGAAAUUGGACCCUGACAGUGAAGAGUGGGAUCGCAUGACCUCGCUGAUUCCCCACCCUGAUGAGAACAGAGGAAUAAAAUACGACUUCUUACCUAGGAUAUCCGAUAGCUUUGAGAGUUAUAUUCAACAUUCAGAGACACUACAGCAACUUGUCAUGCUAGGAGUUGACUUGUCUUCUGUUCAAAAAUUUCCAUAUAUUGGGAACCUUCUCAUCCGGCAAGAUUUUAAGAAAGACAUUGUACCAAAGUUGUUAUACGUGAAAGAUCUCGGUGUUUAUGAUCAUAACAUUGGUCAUGUUCUUACCACCAAUCCGUAUAUCUUGGAAGAUCCCAUAAGCAAACUACAGUCUGUGGUGGACUACCUGAAAUCGAAGAGAUUUACUGCGGACAUGGUCAGUAAAAUGGUUGUGAGGCACUCGAUGUUCCUGAUAAUGGAGGUAGCACAGAUUGACUCGAAGCUUGGGAUGUUUCAGAAAUUGUUCCAUCUCAAAGGUGAUGAGAUGAGGGAUAUCUUCUCCAUUAAUCCAAUACUGAUAUCACACAGUAGAAAGAAAAUCCAGGAUCUACACUUCCUCUUCCACGACAUCUGGGGAUUUGAUCAGUCACAACUGCAGGCAAUAUUUCUAAAAUGUCCUCUCAUAUUUACGGAGGAUGCUAGAUCUACAGUUCAGUCUAGACUGGAGGUAUUGUAUGACAUGGGAAUCAGCACCCAGAAGCUCUCCGAGAACCCAGAGGUUCUCCUGGGGGACCAGCACCAAGUCCGACGCAGACACGCCUUCCUGAAGGAGAUUGGUCGAGCCCACUAUGACCCAGAAAAAUCAGGAUAUGUGUCUCUACAAUCACUUGCAAUGUAUACAGUUGACAAAUGGUGCUGGAAAAUUAACGUACCAAAGGAACACUACAUGAUGUUCUUAAAAACAGAAUAAAAUCUUUAUCAAACUCA